GCAAUUACAACAACAAUGUACAAGUAUCUGUUAUUUUUAUUGGCAGCAUCCGUCCUAGUGCUGGCAGAAGAUGUCACUCAAAAACCUAGUGAUCGAAGUGAAUACAAGCGAUCUCUAUCAAGGGAUUGUUCGAACAGUUACUCAUUCACAUGCCUCAAACUGGAUGUGGUGUCGUAUGUGGACAAGCUCAACGAGAACGACGACAUCAGUGUUAUUCCAGGAGUUAGCGUAGUGCGUGAGAACGGAAGUGCCCGAGCGAAUACAGCCGACAUCGUCUCCGACUUGGCCAGGGAGUUCCCCAACGAUCCAGACGCCCGUCUGGACGCUUUCCUCCUCAAAAAAGUGCAGGACUACCUCAACUCUCACUCCAUCAAGCUCAACCUGAUGCAAGCAGCUCCGAGCGAGACCGCUCGUAAGGGCGGCGGCGGCGGGGGCGGCAAAAAGGGCGGCGGGGGGAUGGGCUACCUGCUGGCCGCCGGCGCCAUGAUGAAGGGUACCCUCAUGGCGGUGGGCAUGGGCGCUUUGGCCGCCGUGGCCGGUAAAGCCCUGAUGACAGCGCUGAUCUCCUUGAUGUUGUCCGCUAUUGUCGGUCUGAAAUCGCUGACGCAUGGGGGAGGUAAGCAGACAACAUACGAAAUUAUAUCGAAACCUGUUCAUACUCAUUCAUCUUCGCAUUCUGCAGCCCAUGAGGAUGGUGGGCAUUAUGGGCAUUCUUCGUACGGAAGGAGCUUCGACAGCGUGCCUCUUCCAUUGGGAUUGCAACCCACCUACACACCACCACAGUAGAUUAUUUUGACUAGGAUGGGU